AUGAUGAAAAAUAAGAUUAAAAGAAAAUUUAAUUCUAUAUCUAAGGUACCUGACAGGCGUGAUAUUUUGACACGUGAACUAAUUUACCACAAAAAUAUUGUUGCUGUUGAUGAAUCUUUAUUAUUUGAUUUAGUUAAUCUAAAUAAGGUACUAUGUGAUCAUGAUACUUUUCCAAAUAAAAAGGCAAACUGUAAGCAAUAUAGUCGAUGCCUUGAAUGCAUUAAUAAUGAUGUUUGGAAGAAGAUUUAUGAAAAAGUUAUUGAUGAAGAGGAAGGUAAUAAUAUAAAUCUUAGACCAAUACAAGAUAAGCCAUGUGGUUUGAAUAAUACUGGUAAUCAUUGUUAUGUAAAUAGCUUUAUACAAAUUUGGUUUAGUUUUACACCUUUUCGUAGAGCUAUCUACGAUUUUAUGCCAAUAAAAGAUUUUGUUCCAAAAGAUCCUAAAAUGAAUAUCCAGGAUAUAAUUUUGGCAUUAAAAAAAUUAUUUAUUACUAUGCAAAUAACACCUUUUGAAGACGCUUGUGCAUUACCUCUUAUUACACUUUUAAAAUUAGAUAAUGAACAAAAUGAUGCAUUAGAAUUUACUACUUUAUUUUUUUCAUCUUUAGAACGGGGACUUGAGAAUCAUCCAAAUGGAGGAAAAUUAAGAAAUUUACUACAAACAUGUUUAAAUUGCAGGCAAGAACAAACAUUAGUUUGUAGUUGUGGUCAUAAAAGUAACAAAUCAAUGGAAAGUUGUGGUUUUCAUCUUCAUAUAGAAGAUGUUAAAACUUUGCCAAUGGCUAUUAAUAAAUAUUUUAGUACUGAAAGAUUAGAAGAUUUUAAAUGUUCAGGGUGUUUUAAUUCUGGACAUGUUGAAAAGCAAAUUAAAAUUACAAAAUUCCCUCCUGUAUUAUUGAUUCAAUUAAAUAGAGUAUCAUAUGACGCUCUUGGAAGAAAUGUAAAAAUAAAGACACCAAUUGAAUAUCCAAUGAUAAUAAAUAGUUCAAUGAUUAAUAAUGAGCUGGAUGAAGAAAUUGAAUAUGAAUUAUUUGCUGUAAUGAUACAUGAAGGUAAAGAAAGUCACUGUGGACAUUAUUAUGAUAUAAUAAAAGAACCUAGUUCUGGAAAAUGGUUUAAAUAUAACGAUAGACUUGUUGAAGAGGUAAAAACUCCGGGAUAUAUUGAUGAACCUACUGGUAAAAUAAGAUCCGAUAUGAAGGGUUGUUAUGCGUUGUUAUACAAAAUGAAAAAUCUUGAUGAGCCAAUACCUAAUCCUGACGAUAAUCAACGAAGUUUAAUUGAAAAUGAAUUAAAUGAUUUAUUUAAAAUUCAAAAAGAAGGUACAUUAUGUGAUAAAUUAUGGAGACAUGUUUUUAAAAAAUACUAUAAUAUAGUUUAUCGUAUUUUUAAUAAAUUAAAAAUACCUAAUGUUAUUAUAAAUAAAGAAAAUAUGACAAACUUUGUUUGGUUUCCAACAAAUUUAAUCAAAGAAUUUAAUAUGUGUUUGUAUCAAUCAUAUAGUAGAAAAAAAGCAUUUUCUUUAGAUAUAAAUGAGUAUCCAGAACAAGAUUAUAAUUUUGACAGAGUUUUAGAUCGUCUUGAAAAUGAAGUUUACCAACAAAAUACUUGUCCAUCAAUAUCAGUGGAACUUUGUUGUCACCAGAAAGUUCAUAUGGAGCUCAUACUUUCAGGAAAAAUGAAAGCUGUCCAAAGAGAGGCAGCAGAAGAUAUUUUAUCUUUAUUAUCUAUGAAUAUAUUUUUAUCUAAAAAUGAUAGUGAAUAUGUUCCUUGUUCACUUCUUACAAUUGACAAUAUAUGUCUUGAGUGUUUUCAAAUUCUUAUUCAAAAAAUAAAUUAUGAAAAUAGUUUUGAAGAAACAAAGAAAAUUGCAAAAAAAAUUAUUUUAGAGUGUUCUAAACGUGUUCCUGAAAAAAUUUUAAUAUCAAAUAUACACAAAGAUAAUCUUAAUAAUGGAUAUUGGGUUUCAAAAGAUGAAUUGAGAAAUUAUGAAAAACUUGCUUUAUUAAGUAUUGGAGAGAAAUUUAAAACUGAUAAUUCUACUUAUUCAAUGGCUUUUGCAAAUGACAUAUCUAAUAUUGGCAUGGGAGAUACUGAUAAUUGUUUUCAACAACAAAAUUCUGAUGUUUCACCAAAAAAAAUAAAAAAUAAUUCUGAAUUGGAUUCUUUUAGUGGUCUUGAAUUGUUUAUGCAAGACAAAGUUCAAUCAUUGUUAUUUAAUGAAACGUUAAAAUGUCAACAUGGUAAUUUAUCUACUAUCAAAAAACGCACGUAUAUCACUGAGAAUGAAUGGAAUCAAUUAGUAAAACCUUUUGCAGACUUUUAUGCUGUCCCAUAUCAGACACCUGAGUGUUGUGAAUGUAUUGAAAUUCAGAAUAUGGAAGAAAGUAAAAGACAGGAUUAUAUCUCAAAGAUAUAUUCUAUUAAGAAGACACUUGGUCCUACUUUAAAAACCAUUGAAAAUAGAAAUAUUAUGGAAAAUGAAUCUUCUUUUUCACUAGGAAUUUGUAAACAGUUUCUCAAAAAUCUUAUUAAUUUUAGAAAUUAUGAUAAAGUAGAUGAAAUAACUGGAAUCUGUCAAGAGUGUGUUUUGUGUGAAGAUCAUAAUAUGCCUUAUCUAUCUCCAGAGAUGAAAAAAUACUCACAAAUGUUAGCUCCUGUAAAUGAAAAUGAAUGGAAUUUUAUACAAGAAACUAUCUCAAAUUUUGGUUUUGAUAUUAAUUCAAAGAAAAUAUUUUUAAAUAGAGAAGAAACAAUUAAUAGUUAUGAAUUUUGUAAUGAUUGUAACAAUAAAGCAUUAGAAGAUCAAGAAAAUAGUAAAUACAUUUAUCCUGAUGGAGGUUCUAUAUUUGUUAGAAUUGUGAAAGAUGAUAACAAUUGUGACAAAAAUGAAGUAUCUCGUUUUGGAAGGCGAUCAAAGAAAAACGAACUUUCAAUAAAGAUGUUUUCAACUGAAACAAUAUAUGAUUUAAAGAUUCGUAUUGCAAAUGAAAUACGAUGUGAUGUUUUUUCUUUAUCAAUAUUUAACGGUGGAAAAGAGUUAAACAAUACUUCAACAUUAGAACAGAGUAAAGUUCCUCAAAAUAAUGAAGAUUAUCCAUUACAAGCUAUUGUUUAUGCAACUAAUGGUAGUCAAGAAACUGUUUGUAAUGAAAGACCAAUUGAAAAAGGAUUUAGAGAUACAGUAUUAGGUUUGUAA